CAAUGGAGAUCUGAGCUGUCACAGCCUCCGCCUGCAUGCGUACAGCAUCGAGAGCAUGACCACGGCGCAGAAUGGCUGUGGAAACGGCACCACCCUGACUUGCAUAGUUAUGGAUAAGAAAGAGCCCCCAAAUCUCACUACCGCUGUUAGUCUUAAUGGGGGAUACAGCACCAGCAGUAGCCAUGAGGAGGAGGUACAAGGUGAUAAGCUCAGCCCUUCAAAACUCAUGCGCUUCUUCUCAACCCCUAGGAAACGGGCUAAUUCCAACUCGGAGAGGCCUCGUUCUCUGAUUUUGAUGGGCAGUUCUUCCACGUGGAAUGCUUUGUCUUCCAUUAGAAAAAUGGGAUCUUUCAAGAAGUUAAGAUCUUCAGUUCUCCAAGGAAUUCAAACUAGGGAAUGUCCAGAUAUCUUAAAUGAGAACAGCACAGGAAAACAUGACUCAAAUGGGGCAGUGGUGAGAGUACAGACUAACAGGUAUUCCUAUUCGGGGCCUUUACAUGAUUUCCAGGAUGCAGUGGAUGGUUUAGCUUCUGAUUGCUCCGAUGCCGAGGAAGGUGAUGAUUCUUUCCUGAGGAAUACGCACCGCUCACGCAGCAUCAGGCGGGCUUAUGGUGUUGGCCGCAUAAAUUUGUUAGACACUGAUAAAGCUCAGAGCAAUCACAAAUGUCCUAGGCCAACAUCUCCUGCCGUCUCAGAGCCAAAGAUCUGUGAGAUUUUAGUGAAAGAUUCUGAAAAUAACAGGAUCAUCUAUCGGAGAAGCAAAAGUUCAGACAAUUUAAACUUCCUGAAAAAAAGCUCUUUCAAACGAAAGUCCACCUCAAACCUCACUGACCUCAAGGCAGCAAAUGAAAAGCAAAUGCCCCAAAGGACAGUAAGUGCUACUUCCGCUGACUCGGACAAAGCCAGUGGAAACGCUGAGAGACGGUCCAAGCGAUGGAAGAGCCCUAUCAGGGCAAAGGAUUUUGACCGAGUUUUGAAGCUUGUAAGCAACGUUACGGAUGUGGCAUGGAAGAAGGAUGGCCCUAAGAGCACAGGUCCUUCUCCCAGCGACCAGUCCCAGAGAACCAGGCCAAACAGCAGGCUGCACGAUGACUAUUCGCGUAGGGUUUCCAGCAGCACGGAUCACGACAGGAAGAGGUGCACCUCCCCAGCACCGAGCCCCGACUCCACCUCGCCUGGGACACCUUCCCUGCAAAGCCCCACAGUUCCUGCUGGUACCCAGGCUGCAGUGAACGUGGCUGCCGCUGAAGACAGAAGUAUCAGCGUAUCAUCAGGGAUCCUAGAUUCACCUUCUCCAAUUGACAUCGGUCCUCUCCCUAAUGAAGUGUUCUAUACGGACUCGGAUGAACUGAAAGCUACUUCCCAGUUUGCAUAUGAAGCUGAAAAUCCUCACGUUCCUGCCAGGCCAACUGCUCCUAAACCACAAAGCCCCAGUGCAGAGAAGGUCAAGUGCAAUAUGAAUUUCCAGUGCCCAAACCACCACAGUACUUUGUCUCUGAGCUCGAUGGAAAGCGAGGAGAGGAUGGAGGUGCCUGGGCCAAAGCUGGGGAGGAAUCCUGUUUGCUUCCAGGACUCUGUGCAGACCGUGUACUAUGACGAUGGAAAUGAAGACAGUGGCAUAAGCAGCCACUCUCAGCUGAGCCUCAACUUAGCCUCUGGUGCUGAAGAAAAGAAGGAAGAGGUUGUUUCUGAUGACCACUGGAAGAGGUCCCCAAGCCAGGAGGAAGAAAAGAGGGACACCCAAAAGGUCACCCCCAGGAGGUGGGGCUCUGGAAAAAGAUCUCGGCCCAGACCUCUCUCAGACUAUGGCCAAAUGUCAAUCAGAAGUUUCUCUAUACCAGAAGAUGCGGUGGCCAUGGAGUCUCAGAAGACAGACUGCACGGAUGCAGAAAAUCAGCCAGGACUGGCCUCUGUGGGGUCUGUGGUGCAAAGCAAAACUCUCGGCUACCACAGAGGACGAAAAAGAAGACCCAUCUCGGUGAUAGGUGGGGUGAAUUUCUAUGGAAGCAGUCCUGCAGAGGAAAUAGAAGGUCUGCUGACACAACCGGCCGCGCGGCCGCCUGUGCCGGCGCACCAGGUGCCCCCGUACAAGGCGGUUUCGGCCAGGUUCCGCCCGCUCACCUUCUCGCAGAGCACCCCCAUCGGCCUCGACCGAGUUGGGCGACGGCGGCAGAUGAGAGCGUCUACUGCUGCUGCAGAUGGUGGGACUGAAUCUUCAGCUUUGGUGGAUGACAACGGCAGCGAGGAAGAUUACAGUUAUGAGGAGCUCUGCCAAGCCAAUCCAAGAUACCUGCAACCUGGAGGUGAACAGCUAGCAAUUAAUGAGCUGAUAAGUGAUGGCAGCAUCGUCUAUGCAGAAGCUCUCUGGGACCAUGUGACUAUGGAUGAUCAAGAACUGGGCUUCAAAGCUGGAGAUGUCAUUAGAGUCCUAGAAGCUUCCAACAAAGACUGGUGGUGGGGAAGAAAUGAGGACAAGGAAGCCUGGUUUCCAGCUAGCUUUGUCAGGCUGCGAGUUAAUCAGGAAGAACUGCCAGAAAACUGUGGUAGCAUCCAGGAUGAAGAACAAGACGCAGACAUGAGCAAGCAUCGCCAGAAGAUGGCAGAAAACAAAGAUCAGAUGAGGACCAAUGUUAUACAGGAAAUUAUGAACACAGAACGAGUCUAUAUCAAACAUCUCAAGGACAUUUGUGAGGGUUAUAUUCGGCAGUGUCGCAAACAUACAGGAAUGUUCACCACGGCGCAGUUAAGCACCAUUUUUGGGAACAUUGAAGAUAUUUACAAAUUCCAGAGGAAGUUUCUGAAGGACCUUGAGAAGCAGUACAACAAGGAGGAACCUCAUCUAAGUGAAAUAGGAUCGUGCUUUCUUCAACAUCAAGAAGGCUUUGCUAUCUAUUCAGAGUAUUGUAACAAUCAUCCCAGUGCCUGCAUUGAACUUUCCAAGCUAAUGAAACAAGGCAAAUACCGUCACUUCUUUGAGGCCUGUCGCUUGCUGCAGCAGAUGAUCGACAUUGCCAUUGAUGGUUUUCUUCUCACGCCUGUUCAGAAAAUCUGCAAAUACCCUCUGCAGCUUGCUGAGUUGCUCAAAUACACCACUCAGGAGCACAGGGAUUAUAACAACAUUAAAGCUGCCUAUGAGGCUAUGAAGAAUGUAGCUUGCCUGAUCAAUGAGCGAAAGCGGAGACUGGAAAGCAUAGACAAGAUCGCGCGAUGGCAAGUGUCUAUAGUAGACUGGGAGGGACCAGAUGUGUUAGCCAGAAGCUCAGAACUGAUCCAUUCAGGAGAACUGACUAAAAUUUCAAAGCAAGGCAAAAGCCAGCAGAGAACUUUCUUCCUUUUUGACCAUCAGCUUGUGUUCUGUAAGAAGGACCUACUGCGAAGGGACAUCUUGUAUUACAAAGAUCGUAUGGACAUGGAUGAGAUGGAACUUGUGGACACUGAAGAUGGCAAAGACAAAGACUUCAACAUUAACGUGAAGAAUGCUUUUAAGAUUGUAAACAGAGCAACAGAUGAGAUUCAUUUGUUCUGUGCAAAAAAACAGGAGGAUAAGAAGAGAUGGAUGGAGGCAUGUGAAAAUGAGAGGAGGAGAGUUCGGGAAGACAAAGAAAUGGGAAUGGAAAUCUCAGAAAAUCAGAAGAAACAAGCCAUGCAGAAUGCCCGAAAAUCAAGGCAUGGAAAAAUUAAAGGUGUAAGCUAUAACGGGUGCCCGAUGCCUCCUCCACACCAAAGCCUGCAUCCCAUCCACCAGCGCCACAUCACCGUGCCCACCAGCAUCCCGCAGCAGCAGGUUUUUGCCCUGGCAGAGCCCAAGCGGAAGCCGUCCCUCUUCUGGCACACCUUCAACAAGCUCACCCCGUUCAAGAAGUGAGAGG